UAUAUCAUAUAUGUACGAGUUGGCCGGAAUUCAUAGACCCAACUCCCCGACCGACAAGUAACAAUUUUAUAAAGAGAGGAGGUUGUUGUUCGUCGAUCAGAUAAUAAUGGAGCAGGUGAAAAGAAGUAGGCGACUGAUGCACCCUUGCACACAACGGCAUCUCAUACAGGAUGUUCCCCAGGAGUUGAUCCAAUAUAUUCAAUCGUUGUUGCCCGUUAAAGAAGCUGCUCGCACCAGUGUCUUGUCAAAGUCUUGGCUACACGCUUGGUCUACUGUCCCUACCCUCAGGUUUCUCCAAUCCGUACAUGUUUUAUCCGAGCAACAAAAAGCAAAUUACAUCAAGUUGAUUGACGCCAUUCUGACAAGAUAUCUUCGCGACAACAUACCUAUCACAACUUUUCAUCUCAACUUUGGAAUCGAGAACAAGGAGUCAUCUUGUCUUGCUGAAAAUUGGAUUCGGCCAGUAGCUUCCAAAAGUUGUCUCAAGGAACUUUAUUUGACAAUUUGGUUUCGGAUUUCUCUUCCGUUUACUAUGCCGGAUGAGAUAUUCAGUGGUGAAAACCUAGAUAAGUUAAGUGUAACAGAUCAGGGCUUUCGUAGCUGCUCCAUUUUUAUUGGUAACAACCCCAUGAUCAACUGUGUGAAUCUACGAGUACUCGAGUUGAUCAAUGUGCACAUUAGCCAAGAGUUCCUUGAUAACCUAUUCUCUACCUGUAACUUGCUUAGAAAGGUAAAGCUUUUACUUCCCGAGGGUGUGAUGAUGACAGCAAAGGUAUGAAACCAUCGUCAUCUCCGCGUACUGAAAGUUCUUUCAAAACAACCUGAUCAUAAUCUGGAAAUUUACAAUGUCCCAAGUCUCCGCCGGUUGUCUUACGACACAGCACUGUAUCAGUGGAAUCGUCUGCCAUUCAAGACGGAUCUAUUAUUACACGUGAGAGAAUUGUUUUUAGCUUGUGCCAUCGUGGACAAUGCAUUUCUUCACUUGAUCAAUUCGAAAUUUCCCCGUCUCGAGAGCUUGACCCUUGUAAGUAGUUUUUGUGUGAUGGAAAUUUUGGAUAUCAGAGGUUUAUACUUAAUGAGAUUGCGCAUACGAAUGUGGGAACUCCAUAAACUCGUCAGAAUACAAGUCUAUGCUCCAAAAUUACAAUAUUUCCGUUACACUGGCCAGCAAUUUGAUAGCCUAUUGUUUCCAGCCAUUACUCCCGAGCAAAUUCAUCUGAGACUGGAGCUGAGAAAACCCAUUGAUACUUCGUUCUUUCUCAAGCUGAGGGAAGUUCUGAACUUUCAAACCAAUUUUAAAAUUAAAGUAACUUUUCUUAUGCCUGAAAAGGUACUGCCAGUUGACAUUGAUGUUGAUGAUGUGAGGAGAAGGGUUCCGAUUCCGGCUACAAAUGUCCAACAAAUAUAUUUUUCAUCUCCAGAUGAAAGCUUCUGGGACCGCGGUCCAUUCUUCGAUGUAUUUUUUAUCAUUUGCCAUCCCAAAUACGUAAAGGCACAUCAGUUCUGGACCUGCACUAUGCCCUGGAAGAUAAAUUACUUCUGGAAGAAAAUCGUAACGGGGAUGAUGGAAAGAAAAACCAUAAAGAAGUAUUGGCCAGACUUGGAAGAUAUUGAAAUAAAACAUCCGGUUGUUGGGAAAUGGAAAAUACUAACAAGGUCUUGGAUAUGUUUCGCGGAACAGGAUAGAGUCAAGUUCAGAUUAACUUGGUGUUCUCCAUAGAAUAGAAGCUGCAGUGCACAUCCGUGGUUUCUGUACAUUCUCUUCUCUCUUUUUUUAAAUUAUUGUUUGAUUUACCAGUUAAAGUUUUCAACAUUUUAUUCAAGUUUAUUUGGUUUACGAUGUUGUAAUUUAUUGAUAUAAUUUGAUAACCAUGUUCUGUGCCCGUCUUAUAGUUUUGUCUUACGGUUUUUA